AUGCAAACAUUCCCUCACAGUCGCCAACAUUCCCUCACAGUCGCCAACAUUCUCCUCACAGUCGCCAACAUUCCCUCACAGUCGCCAACAUUCCCUCACAGUCGCCAACAUUCCCUCACAGUCGCCAACAUUCCCUCACAGUCGCCAACAUCUCCUCACAGUCGCCAACAUUCCCUCACAGUCGCCAACAUUCCCUCACAGUCGCCAACAUUCCCUCACAGUCGCCAACAUUCCCUCACAGUCGCCAACAUUCCCUCACAGUCGCCAACAUUCCCUCACAGUCGCCAACAUGUCCUCACAGUCGCCAACAUCUCCUCACAGUCGCCCAACAUUCUCCUCACAGUCGCAACAUUCCCUACACAGUCGCCAACAUUCCCUCACAGUCGCCAACAGUCUCCCUCACAGUCGCCAACAGUCUCCCUCACAGUCGCCAACAGUCUCCCUCACAGUCGCCAACAGUCUCCCUCACAGUCGCCAACAGUCUCCCUCACAGUCGCCAACAUUCCCUCACAGUCGCCAACAUUCCCUCACAGUCGCCAACAUUCCCUCACAGUCGCCAACAUUCCCUCACAGUCGCCAACAUUCGUCCAGCAGAAGGAACACAAUUUAUCAUAA